AUGCACCCAUUCUCUGUCCUCACUCUUGCGAUUUUCGUAGCCGGCUACAUCACUGCGCGCUGGGAUCUUGUAACUCGACUCUACGAAUUAGCAGUUUUUGCUUGGGACCACGGCGUUGUUGCGCGUACAGCGAAGGGUUUCGCCAUCUUGUCUCUAUUCUUCUUCUUGUUCAUAAUACCAGUGGAGCGGCUUGCGUCGAGGGAGACAGACUUGGCACUGAGUGUGGAGAAUGCUCUGAAGGUUGGGACAUUGUUCAGGAACUCAAGUCAUCCCAUAGCGCGGAUUUAUGAACUAUGUGGUCAGCCAUCUAUGCACGUACUAGGCCUUUCGAAUUCUGCCCAUGUGGAUGUGGAAGUGCUUCAAAUUCAUGCCGCAACAGGCCAGCAGUUGCGUAUGCCACAAAUAUCCUGCGCGAGAGCUAGCACCAUUCAGAUUACCAUGUAUGAGCGGCCUAUACCAAAUCGAAUGCAGUAUAUAUCACUUAAUCCAAUUUCAUUAGCUUUAGGGGAUAAGGCGGAGAUGGCCACACAUGCGCCUGGAAGUGUCGAAGCUGAAGAAGAAAAGGAAGAAAGGAAGAAACAAGAGAAGACAAGGGCGCUCGUCGAGAAACUCAAACUUCAUACUGUUGCCCAGCAUCCUCCUUCCCAUAAAGAGCGUGCUCUUCCGAAGAUUGUCAAUCAAGUCAAUUGCUCGUGGGAGUUGCAACAAAUUCUACAAAAGAACAUUUCACUUGUAGGAAGGCGAUCACGGCGAAGCUUGAGCGUUUCUGAAAGAGUUGUUGAAUCAGCUACUAGCAUGAGGGAUUUCUUGAUCAUGGCAAUUUGGCACCUAAUAACUCUUUACAUUUAUCCCGUCAUUCGACGCGGCUUCAUAAUUACGCUCUUAUGCCACAGGGUUGCUGCUGAGGCUUUUCUCAUCGUGCUAGAAUGGAGAGCCAAGCCAGAAUAUGCAGCCUUGAAAGAUGUAUCAGCGACAGCGCAACAGGUUGAGAUUCGACUCCAGCAGUUUUGCUACUGGCCAAUGCAGUACAUAACGCUAAGGAAACGAAAAGACGAUUGGGAGAGUAUCACGACUAGCCAUCCAGACUACAUCAGAUUCUACAAUAGUCUGUGGCUAGUUGCCAAUGAUGUAAUCAUUGGCAUUGCCCUUGGGUCUUAUAUUAUUGACAAUUCGACUUGGGUAGCUGAGUCUAUUGGGAAAAUACUUAGCUUGUACUCGGUCGCAGCUCUUCAAAGAACAAUCUCCUGGUUGAUGCGUUGGCCUGCUGGACUCAAACUCAAUACUGAGCUAGCAGCCUUCUUAGGUGACUUGUUCCUAUGGGUUAUUGACCAUUGGUCUGGUCUAGUAGAAGCUCUCCAACCAUAUCUACCUCACCUCAUUUGGUUUAUUGGGUUUUCUAGCUUCGCCGGAGCCAGCAUGCCGAUCGCUCUAUUCUCUGAUCUCGUUUCAAUCUUGACGAUUCACAUUUACUCCUUCUACAUGGCAUCCGCCCGUAUCUUUAAUUGGCAGUAUACCAUACUGUUGUCGCUCUUCCAAUUAUUUCGAGGCAAGAAGCACAACGUUCUGCGAAAACGAAUCGAUUCUUGCGAUUACGACCUCGAUCAAUUACUUUUGGGCACUAUCUUGUUUACACUCCUUUUCUUCCUACUGCCUACUGUGAUAGUAUUUUACCUCACAUUUGCAUGUUCUCGCAUGGCAAUAAUAUCGCUCAAAGCUGUUCUAGAUACCUUGCUUGCAUGCCUGAACCAUUUUCCUCUUUUUGCUCUCAUGUUACGAAUUAAAGACUCUCAACGAUUGCCAGGUGGAAUCCGUUUUGAACUCAAAGAUACCCAGCAAUACUCCUCAACUAAUCCUAGCUCACCUACUCCGCCGCCAACGUCGUAUAUUUACCUCAAGUCUGUUCCCCUCACAUUCAGAGCCAUGUUCCACCAAUACUUCCAACUGGGUCACCGCAUCCGCAAACACUACCUAUCACCCCACGUACUCCUUUGCCUUGCAACCGGUAAAUUCGUUCCUCCUAUUCACCGCAAGAACCUCUAUAGCUUGCAAUAUAGCAUGCUUCCCGCUCAGCGGGCUGGUAUCAUGGAAAUGUGGAAUGCUCUUACCACCAAUACAAGCACUACCAAGGAAAAGAAGCCGGUCUAUGAGAAUAGAGGUUUCAGCGGGCGCAGAUUCAAUGGCCACUUAAGCGGAAGGAGGUAG